GUCCAAUAUCAGAUUGACGACACCAGGCAAAGUAUCAGCAUUAACGUCAACACCGGAUGGUUCUUACAUCGUCGCUGGUAUUAGUGAAAAACUAUACGUUUGGCAGAAAAGUCAAAGAACGUUGGAGUAACGUCGUUCAUCGGUGGUUUGAGACGAAGGAAGGAAUGGAAGGGGUUGCUGAGACGUGAGAGAAACGCAACAACGAAUAGGGGGGUGGCAACCCUCUCGCCAACGGGACGGACGGAGGCGCUAGGUAUAAAAUCAGACGGGAGAUACCUCGAGACAACCAGUGUUGGCGCGUUUCCACGUUCUGCACCAUCUUUUCUUCUUCGGAUAUUUUCAAAGAAGACACUAGUCAGGAAACAAGAUAUAGAGGGAUACCUUUUUCUUCUUCCAUUAUCAAAAUGUUUGAUCGUCGACCAUUUUUCGGUUUGAUCCUACUGAUACUCGCAGUCUCCUUCGAUCAUGUUCUAAAUGAAACAAUCAGCUGCAGACGUUCAUCGGGAUUGGUCCCUUACCCAAGAACCGGAAGAAGCUCCGAAAUGACGGAUUUCCAUAGAUCAUCUCGUACAUCUGGUCUCAUCCAUUAUCCGCGUGUUGGACGAUCGGAUUUACCUGUGUUCUAUAUCGGUGCUAAUCGCAAAAACGAUUUAGGAUCUAACAUCGAUUUAGAAUUUUUUCCAGGUCGCGGAUCCGAUAUAGAUACGACCUAUGAGCCCGAUUACGAAGAACUUCGUUCAGGAUUAGCUACGAUCGCUAGACACGUGGAGAGAAAUUAUCCAAAGCAAAAACAAGACGAUUCGCGACCCUACAAUCACGCUUUACGUGGUUCUCACAAUCGUCAAGGACAAUUAAUGAUGAGUUUACCAAGAAUCGGAAGGGAUAUUAGCGAUCACGACGGACCAAUGAAUAAUCUUUUUUGAAUUUAUCCUACGAGAGAUCGAAAUUAAUGAAUUUGACGAUUAAAAUAGAAGAGAUGUUAAG